CGGAAGCAGACGCAGAUCUUCCACCAUGACAUGCAGCGGGCCGCGAUGGAUCCAGCGGAGGAGCCCCCGUCCAUGCUGUGGGGACUGGACCCGGUCUUCUCCGCCUUCGCCAGGCUGUACGUCAGAGACAUCCUGGUGAUGACGGAGUCUACGCAGGUGCCAGGUAUUUACUUCUACAAACUGCAUCCCAUCUAUAAAGUAGACGUUCUCGGCACAGUGGUUUACAAGAGAGAAAGAGAUGACUUCUUCUGUUACGGAGUGGACGAUGGUACUGGUGUGAUAAACUGCCUCUGCUGGAAGAACGACCUGUUCAAGGAGGAGGACCCUGCCCCAUCAGGAGCACAGCACAGUGACGGGGCUCAAGGAGGCUUCAACCUGGUCGCCGAGCUAAAGAAGCUGAGAGAGACCCAGAGGAGCCGCUGCCGCCUGGAGAUCGGAGAGCUGCUCCGGGUGAGGGGGCCGGUGAAGACGUCGAGGCAGCAGAGAGAAAUCAUGGCCUCCACCUUCUACAAAGUGGACGACCCGGUGAUGGCGGUCCAGCUAGCGUGGAUGAUGGACGUUCCUCAGCUCUACAGACUGUGCUAUGACAAACCGCCACAGCUUCAGCCUGAUGCAGCAGGUGACUCGCCCAUCAGCUCCGUCGGCAAGGCAACGAAUAUCAUCAAGGAUUUCUUUAAGCAGAAGUCGGUGACCAGGUUCAGACCCUAUGAUGUUCAGGACCUCCUGCAGCCUCUGAUCACCUGCCAGCCUCAAACCGCGAGCGCAGACCAGGAGCCAGUGGCAGGUCCGUCCGCAUGCCAGCAGCUGCGGCAGCUUCUGAAGGAGGCGCUGCAGGUUCUACAGGACGAGGGAGUCGUGUACCGCAAGGUCAAAUCCCAGGACGAAGUCUAUAAUGUAAGGACCAUCAGAGACGUCUCCAUUCCACCCGUCACUCCCCAGUUGGUCACGUUAGUGAGGACUCCUGCUGUUGCCCCCUCGCAGGUGACGGCACGUGACACAGAUCUGCUCAUCGCUGUCAAGGACGUUAUCAGAGAGGACUCUCGGAGAGAAAAGUAUGCAGAGAAGGGCUGCCACAUCCUGCACGUCCUGUCCGCGGUCCGACAGCGCCACAGCCUGAACGUGAGCAAGGCCACCCUGCAGCUGGUCCUCAAGUCCCUGGAGUGCAACAGCGACAUCGUCAGCACCAGCGAAGACCAUUACACCGCGUUUUAGUGUUACUCCGGAUACUACGUGUGCUACGGCGUAUUGCUCCACAACGCGUGGCUUUUGCCAGUUUGAAAUGACUGCUGCAUAAGGACAUGUGAAAGGGAAGGUUUCAGGACGACUUUAUCAUUGUAGUAAACGUUCAUGAUCGAACAUUGAGUUUAAUGGGAAAGAAAUGACAACGCGGGGCUCAUGCAUGGCUGGAUUAACCCGCUAGAGAGGCACCCGGGGCCAGAAUGUAAGCCCUCUACACGCCAGGGAAGUUUAUUUUAUGCCGAUAUAGUUACCAUCUAUUAGGACUAUUUGUUUUUUUCAAAUUGGUUUUGGUCACAGAUAAUUAAAUGCAUAGCGAGUCUAUAUAUAUAAAAUGUUCAUUCAAACCAUGCUCCGAAAUACCAAUAAACUAUGCAUCACGGAAAGA